UGGAGUCAGCCGGAGCACGUUGGAAUUGGUGAUCAAGCGGUUCGAGUAUCGCUCGGAAUGCGUCGAGAAGCGCUGAGAUACAGUUCUAAACACGCGAGUAUCGAGAAACGAUCGAUUUGAUGCUCGGAACGAAGCAUGAAUCCGAGCGAGGUUGAAUUCCUCGGCGAGAAACAGCUGGUCAGUAUUGUACCGAAUUUCAACUCCAACGUAAUUUACUUGAUCUCGGGUUCAGUGGGUCCGUUCCGCGCCGGUUUGCCCGUCAAGGUGCCGAUCUGGCUCGCCGUCUGUCUGAAGCAGAAGCAGAAGUGCCGUAUCGUCAGCCAAGAAUGGAUGGAUAUCGAGGGUCUGAACGAGAGGAAAGAGAUGGAGAAGAUGUCCAAGUUGUUUACAGAGAUGCCGAGCAGUCAUUAUAUGGACGAGAGUCAAAUUCUGCUGAAUGUGGCAAAUGACGAUAUUCCUGACGCAGAUGGAAUAAGAAUUGCUGUAAAGGACAUGUGGGACAUAAGAAUGUCCAAAUUACGAACAUCUGUGGAUGCUUUUGUGAAGAGUGAAGGGGUGCAUGCGAGACUGGAUCAUCUCACUGCAAUGGAAAUUAAUGGUAUUCGUCCGCUGCUGCCACAUGCGUUAGAUCAAAUGUUGCGGAUACAAUCUGCAAAUUCAGAUGAAGUAAAUUCCCAACAGAGCAGUGGAAGUGGAAGUUUAACACGUCAGUUCAGGAAAAGGAAUCGUGAGAUCCGAUCAACCUUUAUACCAUUCGUAUACAAAUGCAUCCGGUGUAUAUAAAUGCGUAUGCGAGCACGCUCGAAGGUGCUUGGAAGUUGAAACCUGCAUGACCGGCAAGGUCGAGGAACCUAACGCAACCAGCCUAGCGGUGAGAUAUAAACAGAAAAGAAAUGAAAGGGACAAACCUACCUUCUCCCUUUCAAGAUCCUGCUCGAAUACUUUAUAUCGAACGCUUCGAAAUUGGAACGCUUUAG